ACUGAUACAAUUGUUUAGGACCACCGGUUCGAGAAGAUUCCGCUGCUGGAACGGAAUCGGCGAUAAAUAUCUUCCAUACGUACGUUAUUGCACGCAUUCACACCCUCCGUCCUCCACAGGUUGAAGCGCACUUCAUGCUAGCGACCAUUAAACGCACGAUGUCGACGUGGCAGUUGUUAUUCACUGUUCUGCUGGCAUCUGGCGUCUGGAGUGCUUCCACGAGGAUCCGCUUGGAGGACCAGGGAUACGUGGACAUAGUCGUUACCAUCGAUCAUCAAGUGCACGAGGAUAAGCAACUGAUUCAGAACCUCAAGGAUUUGCUGAACAAUACGUCAGUGUUCCUUCACCGAGCUACACGCGAGCUGGUAUACCUCAAAAACGUCACCAUCGUCUUGCCUCACACGUGGUCUAAUGACAUUCCGUCCGAGCACAUCUCAGGAGACAUGCUCUCCAGUGCAGACGUCCGAAUUGUCAACAGCCAAGAACGCGCUCCGUACACGGUACAAGCGAUGGGUUGCGGAGAACGAGGAGAGUAUAUCGUCCUGCCGUCACAGUUUGUGGGCAAUCUCACCACCUCCACCAAGAAAGAAUUCAAGAAGCCUGAGCAAGUCAUGACGCACGAAUGGGCCCACUUCAGGUAUGGAGUCUUCGAUGAAUUUGGCUCGCCGGGAGACGCUAAAUAUCCUUCGACGUACAUUCGGGAUGGACAGAACAAGCAAAAUGUCUGCAGUGAGAAGAUCGCCGUUAGUCUCCAGACGGAUAAGGGUGAACCCUGCGACUUAGUGGAAGGAUCUUCUCAAGAAGACUGCAUUGAUUUCUCGGUCGUUGAUGAAUUCACCGAAGCAUCGUCUUCCAUCAUGUUUAUGCCGGUGCUGUCAUCGGUCUACACUUUCUGCGACGAUGACGAGCACAAACACAACGCCGAGGCACCGAACCCACAGAACGCCUUGUGCGACUCUCGUAGCACCUGGGACGUCAUUUCACACAAUUCCGACUUCAACGGAAUCAAAAAAGCUGUCGCACUCCAAGCAACGACGUUCAGAGUACUUAAGUCACAUGUGAAACAGAGAGCAGUUCUUGUACUGGACACUUCGACUAGCAUGGGUAUUAAUAAUCGUCUGGAGUUGCUGCGCGGUGCCGCGGCGCGUUACAUCCAGGACUCGGUUCCCGAUGGAACGGAGCUGGGCAUUGUUGAAUUCAAUACCAAAGCCACCAUUAAUGCGAACCUUACUGAGAUCAAUCGCAACGCGAGGGCAGAUCUGAGAGCGAAGUUACCCCGGACAUUUGAUGGGUUCACAGCCAUUGGAAAGGGUCUUCAGGAGGGCGUCAAGGUCCUCGAGCAGAACGCUACAAGUAUCGAAAACUCUGUCAUCAUUUUGAUGUCAGAUGGCGAGGAGACCACAGGGCCUUACAUCGCGGACGUCAUGCCAGAGUUGCUGCAGAAGGGUGUGAUAGUGCACACCCUGGCUUUGGGAACUGACGCGGACAAAGGGCUAGAAGACCUGGCUCUUGCUACCGGAGGCAAGUCCUAUGCAGUAACGGACGAAAAGGCGCUCGUCUUGGAAAACCUGGAAAAGGCUUUCUUCGCUGCCUCCACAGCUCAGCGGCCGGUAGAACAGAAGCCUGUCACUUUGCUUAACAAGGUGAUUCCUCUGGAGGGCGACACGACGUCGCUUGUCGUCACCGUCGACAGAGAACUUGGAAAGAACCUAGAGUUCCUUGCAUCUGGGGCCGCAACGGCAAUGACAGCCAAAAGCCCAUCAGGCAACACUUAUAUUGGAGAGUACGACGAGGACCUCUUGCGUCAUAAAGUGUCCAUAGGUGGCACCGCGGAGCCUGGAAAGUGGCAUGUGGAUAUCCAACACGACAACCAAUCUAGCAAUGGAUCUGUCUCUAUCACUGUGGUAUCUGAAGCCAAGGACCCGCAGGAUCCUCCUGCACGUAUGCGAACCUUCUACAGCACCACAGAUCUUACCUACGCAGGAGCUUCGACGCAGUUAAAGAUCUUCGUCGAGUUAAAGAAAGGAGAGCAAAUCGUGAAAGGGGCAUACGUUGUAGCAAAUGUUACGACUCCACUUGGCAACCAGGUUCCCGUGCGGCUUAUGGACAGUGGAGUAGGUGCUGACAUUGCUGAAGGAGAUGGGAUCUUCUCUGGUUUCUUCGCCAGCUUCAGCAGUCCCGGGCGGUACACGGUAGAAGUUCGAGCAUACGGCGAUGAAAGCACUACUUUGAUAACACCGAAACGUUCGUCCGGUUCUAGCUCUGGAAGACACAAGGUUCGUAGAAGUGCUGAACCAUUCGCUUUUGAAAGGUACGACAACGGCGGUGUCUUUGUUGUCAAACAAGUAGCAGCAGCUCUGGUCUACCCUCCGUCCACGAUUCGGGACCUCCGUGUCGAACAAGCUUUUUACUUGGAGAACGGUACCAGGGCAGUCAGUCUGACGUGGACAUCUCCUGGGGGCCAUUUGGACGAAGGAAUUGGCCACAACAUCACAAUCGUUGCCAGUCGUGACCGAACAGUUCUUCAGGCGGAAGACAUGACGGGUGACUUCUACACAGUCAUGGUAUAUGACGUCUUGAACGGCACUCUCCGCCCUCAACCGUCUGGAGAACCCCAUGAAGUGACUUUCCUCAUCCCGGACACAGGGUUGCCUCCGAACAGGAGCGCCCACGAUGUGUACUUCACCGUGAGCACCUGGAACUCCGACGGGAUCAAGUCCAACCGGUCCAACAUCGCGACCGCGAACUUCUUUGAUCAGUUUGAAAUGGUCGUCAAAGAAAAGGAGUCGACCAUUUGGGGGAAACUCUUGGCAUCUAAAGCUACCGUGUACGUCGUCUCGGCUCUCUUAGCUGGGGCCUUGUUCAUUGUGGUUGUGGCUCUCGUGAUCAAUAUUUUCGUAAAGAAAUCGCAGUCUUCCAAAGGCGAGGAACCAGUCGCCGUAUAUCAAGCUGCUUCGAUGAAAUGUGAAGUGGAAAAGGCUUGCAGGAAGAACGCACCCUGACGAUGAUUUACUUAUAUGUUCUCUAAUGGCGUCUGUUUUUGCGGUGAAAAUCUUACACCACCUGGACACGCCAUGAAAGGACUGCUGCACCACAGAAGCGGGGCAGGAGAGCUUGUGUCAGUUGCAAGCCCGGUGAAAGGCACUUGUGCCUGAGGUGACCGCAUUAAAAUGAAGUUACAUUGUUA